AUGGAUCAGUUCCAAGCACUCAUCGAACCAGGCCGCCAGUUUGCGAAAGAUUCGAUCCGAUUGGUAAAAAGAUGUACUAAGCCAGAUAGAAAAGAGUACCAGAAAAUCGCAGUUGCAACGGCGAUCGGCUUCGCUAUAAUGGGCUUCAUUGGAUUCUUCAGUAAUAUCAUGGUGAGAGCUGUUGUGCUGUUUUCUGGAAAGCGGAAAUCUGGGAAAGACUACUGCAGCGAGAAGCUGAAGGCUGCAUUAUCUCCUCUUAAAGUGUCCAUUCAUGGUGUUUCUCAUAGCUUGAAGGCUCUGUAUGCUCAAGAUCAUGGUUUGAAUUAUUCGGAAUUGGUUUCCGAUGGACCUUAUAAGGAGAUUCAUCGUGCUAAUAUGAUAAGAUGGGGUGAAGGUGUACGCAAUGCUCAACCGGACUAUUUUUGCAGGGUCACCAUACCUCCGGAUUGUACCGAUGACGUUGUCAUAAUUUCGGACUGCAGAAGGCCAACUGACAUUGAAUACUUCCAAAGUCAUUACAAUACAUUGAAAGUUCGCGUAACGGCCAGUGAUGAAGAACGGCAGCGACGUGGUUUUGUAUUUGUCGACGGAAUUGAUGACAUGCCCUCGGAAUGUGCUUUGGAUGACUAUCCACAUGAUAUGAUUAUCGUUAAUGAUAGUUCCUGUGAUUUGGACGACCAGCUUAGCAGUGUUGUCCAGAACAUUAAACGAGUUCUAUAG